GUUAUUUAGGUGAAGGUAGAAAGGCGUUCAUUGAAAAAGGUUGUCCUCAUACAAACUGUUUUGUCACGGGGAACAGAACGUUGUUGCAAAACAUAACAGAGUUUCAUGCGAUAGUAUUUCAUUUAAAAGACAUAAGACCACCGAUUUUUGUUCGCGUUUCAUUCAAGCAUUGGCCCUUUCCAAAGCUCCGUAAGCCACAUCAGAAAUAUAUAUUUACUAGCAAGGAGUCCGAAAAGUACUAUCCGCUAUGUAACAAGAGAUUCCAGAACUUUUUCAAUUGGACUUGGACUUAUAAAUUGAAUUCUGAUCUAAGUUUUAAUUACAUAUCUGUGUGGGACAAGUAUGGCAAUGUUAUAGGACCGAAACAAGAAAUGCAUUGGAUGAAGGUGGCGGACAUGGACCCAAUAAACGAUACGUUAAAAAAAAUAUUGAGGACGAAGACGAUAGCAGCUGCGUGGUUUGCAUCGAAUUGUGAUGCUCCAAAUGGAAGGUCUGAGGUUGCCAGAACUCUGCAAAUUGAACUGAAAACGUAUAAUAUGCGGUUGGACAUAUAUGGUGACUGUGGAGAGAUGAAGUGUCCAAGAUCUAAUAUGGAUAAGUGCCUGCGCAAACUACGAAAUGAUUACUAUUUCUAUCUGGCUUUUGAGAAUUCGUUCUCAGUAGACUAUGUGUCAGAAAAGUUAUUAUGGGCUCUCAACAAUUACGCAGUGCCGGUGGUGUACGGCGGUGCCAAUUACACAAGGUUUAUGCCAGAUGGAAUGUAUUUAUCAGCGGUUGACGUGCCAGUCAAGGAAUUGGCAAAAAAAAUGGCGAACAUUAUACUUCAUAAAAAUGCAUAUUACGAAUUCUUCAAAUGGCAUAAUCACUAUUCAUUUCACACUGAUGUUGAUUCCGUGGAAAGUGAUAGUUACUGCAGAUUCUGUGAAGCAAUUACCAAUGAAGAAAAACUGAAAGAAACUAGUAUUUAUAAGGAUAUUGGCAAAUGGUGGAGCCCACAUGUAUGUCGUUAGCUAAUGUCAUGGCACAAAGAAAUUGUUAAUCUACACGUAUGUCGUACCGACAAAUAUAAUUACAA